ACAGUGUGCGUGACGUCUCAGACCUCAGUGUGUUCCGUAAAGUCUGCACGAAACGACUUCGUGGACGCAAAUCAUCGUUGUACACAUUUAAUAUAUGUUUUCAUAGGAUCAACCGAAGAAGGUGAAUCUUUCGUCGUCGAAAAAAAUACGUAAACAUAUUUCGCGCCACCGUGUGAUAUCGACGACGGUUGAAAAUGCGUGAAUGUAUAUCCGUACACAUUGGCCAAGCAGGUGUGCAGAUCGGCAAUGCGUGUUGGGAGCUAUACUGUUUGGAACAUGGCAUUCAGCCUGACGGACAAAUGCCGUCGGACAAAACUAUUGGCGGUGGUGAUGAUAGCUUCAACACAUUUUUUAGCGAGACCGGAGCUGGAAAACAUGUCCCAAGGGCCGUGUUCGUUGACUUGGAGCCCACAGUUGUCGAUGAAGUGCGUACCGGCACUUACAGGCAACUGUUCCAUCCCGAACAGUUGAUCACCGGCAAAGAGGACGCGGCCAACAAUUACGCCCGGGGCCACUACACCAUCGGCAAGGAAAUCGUGGACAUCGUGCUGGAUCGGAUCCGAAAGCUGUCGGACCAGUGCACUGGUCUGCAGGGCUUCCUGGUGUUCCACUCGUUCGGCGGUGGCACCGGUUCCGGUUUCACGUCACUGCUCAUGGAACGGCUGAGCGUGGACUACGGUAAGAAGAGUAAGCUGGAGUUUUCCAUUUACCCGGCACCGCAGGUGUCCACGGCCGUGGUCGAGCCGUACAACUCCAUAUUGACCACGCACACCACGCUCGAACACUCGGACUGUUCGUUCAUGGUAGACAACGAGGCCAUUUACGACAUAUGCCGCCGGAAUUUGGACAUCGAGAGGCCUACGUACACCAACCUGAAUCGGUUGAUCGGUCAAAUCGUGUCUUCCAUCACAGCAUCGUUGAGAUUCGACGGCGCGUUGAACGUCGACCUGACCGAAUUCCAAACGAACCUGGUACCGUACCCGAGGAUCCAUUUCCCGCUGGCCACUUACGCGCCAGUGAUAUCGGCCGAGAAGGCAUACCACGAGCAGAUGACCGUGGCCGAGAUCACGAACGCGUGCUUCGAGCCGGCCAACCAGAUGGUGAAGUGUGACCCGCGGCACGGUAAGUACAUGGCCUGCUGCAUGCUGUAUAGGGGCGACGUGGUGCCGAAGGACGUGAACGCGGCCAUCGCCACCAUCAAGACCAAGCGGACCAUACAGUUCGUGGACUGGUGCCCGACGGGGUUCAAGGUGGGCAUCAACUACCAGCCGCCCACUGUAGUGCCAGGCGGUGACCUGGCCAAGGUGCAACGGGCCGUGUGCAUGCUGUCCAACACGACGGCCAUCGCGGAGGCCUGGGCCCGGCUCGACCACAAGUUUGAUCUGAUGUACGCGAAACGGGCGUUCGUUCACUGGUACGUGGGCGAGGGCAUGGAAGAAGGCGAGUUCAGCGAGGCGCGCGAGGACCUGGCCGCUCUCGAGAAGGACUACGAGGAGGUGGCCACCGACUCGGCGGACGGCGACGAAGGAGACGAGUACUAACCACCACCACCAUCAGAGUCAUUUCAGCGGCAUGGCGGUCGCGACGACAACGGCGGCCACGACCCGGUCACCGAUCUCGUCGGAUACAGACGUUUUCGACCUCGUGUGUCGUUCGUACGAUGAUCAAUGUCAACGCGAAUUUAUAUUGUACAGAGUGUUCGCGCGUACACCUUAUAAGUGCAUUUUCUUACGGAUCGGAUACCUUUUCUGUGUACGCGUAAGUCCAACCCGCCCACGUUGUACGAUCAUUCCGCCAACGGGUUCGUCGUCGAAAUGACUCUGUUUCGAUGUAUAAUGUUUUUCAUAUCGAAAAUCAAAUAUUUAUUACAAUAUAUGAUUCUAAUCCAAUCGAUCCCACGAUCUGCGUCUAAUAUUAAAAAACGUGCCCGCGUCGACAUAUAUCAUAUACUAACACUGCUGCAGUACAUGUACUCCAACACUUUUUUAUUUAUUAAUUUUCUUUUUGUGAAGUAUAUUAACGUAGGUAUAUAAUAAUACAUAUUUAUUUAUUC